GAUUGCUACCGAAAUGACCAAGUUCGUUGCGAAGAAAGCCCUCCUGCUGCUCUCCCUGCUCCUCCUGGGCACGGCACAGGCCGGGUCAUUGGAUAAGGAUCUGGAUCAGCAUGUUCGAAAGGAGCGCCAGAUGAAAAUGGCUGCCUCAACGGAUCCAGAUGUGAAGAUGGUGGCCAAUGUCACCCCAACAACGGCAUCGCAACCCAUGCAGAUGACCAUGGGAAUGGCUCUGCCGAUGAACCAGAUGGCCCUGAGUUCCGUGGGCGGCCAGUUGGUCAGGUAUCCCAACUAUCCUGGCCUCGUAUAUCCCGGCAUUGGACCGCAACCUGGCCUGAAUGGCAUCCCCGGCCUGCAGACGAACAUUGCCAACAACUAUCCCUCGUAUCCGGAUCCCAACCUGGCAGGAUCAGCGCCUGGCUUCAACCCCUUUGGCUCCUUUGGCUACCCCGGUGUGCCGCCCAUGUACGGCAGCCCCACCCUGCCGUAUCCCAAUCCCCAGCUGCCCAAUGGAUUUGUGCCCAAUCCUGCAGUGGAUAACUACCAGUCGCUGAACAACAUCGUCAACAUGGCCAAUGCGCAGGGAUUGGGUGGCGGAAGCUCCGCGCUAUAUCCUGCACCCCAGGGAUUCGGUGGUGUCAGCUCGGGAUUGCCUUUCAAUCCAAGCCAGGGAUUCGGUGGACCCAGCUCGGGAAUAUAUCCAGCCCCCCAGGUCAACAUGCAGGGACUGUAUCCGCCAGCCGGUGGGUUUUUGGGAGGCAUGAAUAUGCAGGCCUACGCCCCGGGAUUUUAGAUGGGUUCCGAAACCUUUUAAGUAAUAAGCUAA